GCUGGACGCACCGCCCCCAAGGAUCUCCCCUCACAGCCCCACCCUGCCCUUGCCCUCCCCAACCAGCAGCUGUAACUGGAGCCGGGGCUGGAGGGGGGCCAGGGGGCGGCCCCCAGCCCAGACCGCCCUGGCCCGCUAGGUUAACUCUCUCUGCUCAGUUGGAGGAACUGCGGGCAGCGUGCUAGGAAGGCCUGGAAGAGGAGGCUGCUGACCAGGAGGUCUGCAGAGAUCUGGACUGUGUGCAUGUACACACACACACACACAUGCACGCACACACACACCUCUCGCCCACCUUAGAGAGAUUCUGAGCUGCAGAGGGGUAGAGGGGUGUCCAUGAUUUUCUGCACUGCUCCCUGGGAACUGGGCCCAGUUAGGGCCUCAGGUCACCUAGUCUGUGUGCUUAGGAGCCCAGUGCUCCCUGGCCUCAGUGCUCCGUGGACCCCUCAACACUGCCUCAGGACUGCUUUCCGGGGAUAUGAUUGUGUGGGUUGUCUGCUGCUGGCUGGGUGCCCCCGCCAGGGGCGUACACCAUGCACACACCCACACAGAAACCCCAAGACCCAGACUCACAGCCAGCACCGCCUACGCAGGUUACAAAUCACUGAGACAAACCCAUUUGUGAAUGCCACACACACACAGACACACAUACACACAUAUCCACUGAGAUGGAUGCCCACGUGGAGACACGAUGUCAUAGCCAGGGCGAACGCACACUCACAAAUGGCCAUCCAGUGGCACCAGUACACACACGUAGAUACACUCAAAGAUUCAGACACGCAGGUGGCACUCUCACUCAGUCUGACAGAGGUGAAGAGCAGCAAAUGUGCGCACACUUGCACACACACCGUGUUUACAUGGGCACACGUAGAAGCAGAUACACAGCCAGAAACACUAUUACGGGCAUUAAGGUGUAACCAGACACUCUUACACGUUACCACGGAAACGGAGACACAUACUUUGUUCAUAUUCUUAUGCACAGGCCACAAAAUCACACAGACGUACAGGCCUACACUGUGUUCACACACUCAGACGCCAUCCAGCACACCGCCAAAACUACGGCCAGCGCCAAAGGCAUGCUGAUGUGUUUAAUGCAAGCCUUCCUUUCCCUGAGCUCGCGUGGAGGACAACACCCCUGGUGUCCUUAAGGGAGGGCUCGAUUCUCAGAGGCUGAGAAACCUGGGAUAAGGUCCGGGCUGUGGCAUUCCUGGUCGUGUGACCCUGGGCAGCCCAUGUGACCUCUCUGUGCCUUGAUUUCCCUCCUAUAAAAUGGAAAAAUCACUAAGGUCACAUGUGUAACGCCCUGCAGGGCUCAGAGGUUCCUGAACCUGACAAAAUCUGCACACUCAUUUUGGAGAUGAGAAAAUCAAGGUCCAGCAAAGGGGAGGUAAUUUCCCCAAGGUCCCCCUGGUGGUUAAGGGCAGAAGUGGCCCCUUCCUGAGAGAGUCAGACACAGGCCUGGACACCACGCUCUGCAGGAAGAACAGGUAGAUGUGCUUACACGCAGGCACAGGCAGGGCCUCAGAGCGUUCGGGGGGCUCCAAAAGUCUCCCUCAUCCCUGCCUGUCUGAACUCCCAUCCCUGCCCCUAGUGGCCCUGCGCCCCAGGGUCACCAGCAGCCCCUGGUUAAUGAUAACCCUGAUGUUUAUGCGGCACUGGGGCGGGGCGAUGGUGGAGUCGGGGGCAAGCCCAGCGCGCCUGGCCAGCUCUUAGCCAAGCCUCCUUCCUUCCCUCGAGAGCCAACCCUGGAGCGCUAACCGGCAGGGCUGGGUGUCUGGCCACUUUCUAGCUGUGUGAUGUUUGGGCAAAUGACUUAACCUCUCUGUGGCUCAGUUUCUGCUUCUGUAAAAGGGAGAUAGUAUUCACCUCAGAGGAAGGCUGGGGUGAUUAUCCGUGUAAAAUAAUUACAACAAGGGCUGACAGUAAGUGAUUAAAAAAGGAAAAGUCACCUAUCAUCAUCAUCGUCACCAUUGCCCUCAUCCUCCUUAUCCUAUGGCGCAGUGGUUAAGAGCUCGGUUGCCAACCAAAAGAUCAGCAGUUCAAAUCCACCAGCUGCUCCUUGGGAACCCCAUGGGGCACUUCUGCUCUGUCCUUUAGGUUCCCCGUGAGUCAGAAUCGACUUGACGGCAACAGGUUUGGUUUUUCGGUUUCUCACCAUCGUUAUCAACACCACCCUCAUCAUGCUCAUCCUAAACUGAGCGAGAGCCCUAUUCUGUGAGUGUGAGCUCAGGUCUGUCUUUGUCGCUGCUGUGUCCCUGGCCUUAAGCCUUUUCUGUGCCCUUUCAAAGAUCCUGUAAAGAAGUUUGUCAUCCCCACUUCACGGAUGAGGAAACCAAGAGCUGAAGGGCCUUGCUCAAAUCAUAAAGCUGCUCAGGUGCAGACCAGGAACCUGGAUCCAAAGCCCAGCUCCAAGCCUGCCGAGCACCGGGGGGUACCCACCCUGUCCUGAACCCCAGAGUGUGUUGCCUCACUGUCCCAGCCGUCCUCUCCACACUUGGGAAGUUGGUACCAUGAUUGCUCUCACUUGACAAAUGAGACAACUAAGGAUCAGAGAGGUUGAGUGACUUGCCUGAGGCCACACAGGACCGAACCUGAACCCAGAUCUGUGUGAGGCCUGAGCUGGUGCUGUUAAGCCCUCUGCCCUCCAAGGAGUCUACCGGGCAUGUGCACCGGCAGUGAGAGGGGCUGUGUGUGUUCCUCAGCGGCAAGGGUGGGUCCCCUGACUUCAGACCUGGCCAGCCUGGCAACGCGUGUUGUUGUUGUUAGGUGUGGUUGAGUCAGCUCCAACUCCUAGCAACCACAUGUACCACAGAAGGAAACAAUGCCCGGGCCUGCGCCAUCCUCACAAUUGUUGUUACGCUUGCACACAUUGUUGCAGCCACUGUGUCAGUCCAUCUCGUUGAGGGUCUUCCUCUUUUUUGCUGACCCUCUACUUUACCAAGCAUGAUGUCCUGGCAAUGUAGAACUAAUCAUUUAACCUCCUUGUGCCUCAGUUGGAGCCCUGGUGGCACAGUGGUUAAGAGCUCACCUGCUAACCAAAAGGUCAACAGUUCGAAUCCACCCGGGGCUCUUUGGAAACCCUAUGGGGCAGUUCUAUGAGUCGGAAUCAACCUGAGAGCAACAGGUUUGGUUUUGCUUUGGUGUCUCAGUUUCCCCAUCCAUAAAGUGGGGAUGGUGAUACUACCCACCUCAUGGGGUUAUUGUGAGGACUGAGUAAAUUCAUGAGAAGUAAGCGCCCAAUAAAUAAUACUAUUACUAUUUCAGGUGUCAUUCAUUCAUGUCCAACUUGGUAAAGACUUGGUCCAAGUGAAAAUAACCAAUUAGACACAUACCCAAAGGAAGAAUGCAAAACUUACAUGGAGAGGCCCUGGAGCCACCUGCCUGGGUUUGAAUCCUGGCUCUGCCCCACAGUGGGCUAGCCUACAGCCCAAGUCACUUGACCUCUCUGGGCUUCAGUUUGUCCACCUAUAAACCUCGGAGGGCUGUGGUGAGGACGGAAUGAGUUAAUAGACAUAGAACUUUUAGGGCAGAGUCUGGUGGGGAGAAAACGCUCAAGAGGGGCUGCCAUCGUCACCACCACAGUCAUCAUUCCCUUGGCCUUGCUCCCUGCCCCCAGUGGCUGGUGGCCACUCCAGGAAUUAAUUUUAUUUUAUGGUACUUUAGAUACAGGUUUACAGAGCAAAUUGGGUUCUCAUUAAACAAUUAAUACACAUAUUGUUUUGUGAUAUUGGUUACCAACCCCACAAGGUGUCAACACUCUCCCUCCUCGACCUUGGGCUCCCCAUUACCAGCUUUCCUAUCCCCGCCUACCUUCUCAUUCUUGCCCCUGAGCUGGUGUGCCCAUUUAGACUUGUUUUGUUUUAUGGCCCUGUCUAAUCCUUGGCUGAAGGGUGAACAUCGGGAGUGACUUCAGGAUCAAGGAAUUACUUUUGGGUUGUUGGAGGGAGGUCCUGGAUUUGGGGCAGGAAAGCUGCCCUGCCAAAUGUAGCCGCCAGAGGGAGCAGCUGGACCUGAGGUGCCCACCACCCCCACCCCCAGCUGCAAUGACGACGCCCUCCACACCCACCUAGAGCCAGGGGAAUCUGGGGAGGGGACUCAUUGGGAGUGGCCAGGGGACAGCCCCAGUCCCCAGUGGCCUCUCCUCCCACCCCUCCUUCCUGCAGAGCCAUCUGGUCCCCACCCUAAUGACAGUCUUCAUCAGACUCCCCCAGUGGGGUGGAGUGGGGCAAUCUGGGCAGGGGGCUGGCUGGGAGUGGCCAUGAGGCAGCCCUCCCCCAGGGCCAUCCAGUCCCUUCCCCAGAGCGGCUCUUCCUAUGUCCUCUGGCCCCCUCCUCCUUCCUGCCCUCCCCGGCUGUGGUCACUGAGUCCCUUUCCCAAACCUUCAGGGAGCAGGGACAAAGAGUGUAGGAACCAGCAAGGAAUUGGAAAGGGGGGCCGGAGAGGGAGGGCGGCGGGGGAGAUGAAAAAUAGAGAUUUCAGACAGAGGGACGCACACACACACAGAGGCGACAGACGGACAGAGGCAGAAAGACCGACAGAAAGACUGAGAGACACAGAAACAGAAAGAGAAACAGAGGCAGAGGGAGGGGGACAGAGAGAAAGACAAACAGGGCAAAGCAACUCAUAAAGCCAGAAAUCCAAAAAGAGAACGCGACAGAAAGGGAGGGAAAGAGAAAUACACAGAAAAUUAAACAUCAAAGAGCUACCGGGAGGAAGACAGUCUGAAAGAGAGGCAGAGGGAGAGGAGAGAGACUCCAGGGAGAAGCCAGCCAGCUGGCGGAACGAAGGGGCACCUGGUAUAGGAGAUGUAGUGGCUGAAGCCUGGGCCAAGCUGGGUGGGCAGAGAGAAGCUGGAGCCUCAGACGGGGGUGAGGGGCAUGGGACGGGUGGGCGUUCUGCUGCUGCUGCUGGCUGGGGCAGGGGUGGGGGUGGCCUGGAGACCCCCAAAGGGAAAAUGCUCUCUACGCUGCUCCUGCUCCAAAGACAGCGCCCUAUGUGAGGGCUCCCCGGACCUGCCCGAGGGCUUUCCCCCAACCCUGCUGUCACUCUCUCUUGUCAGGACCGGGCUGACCCAGCUGAAAGCCGGCAGCUUCCUGAGGAUGCCGUCGCUGCACCUGCUCCUGUUCACAUCCAACUCUCUCUCCGUGAUCGAGGAUGAUGCCUUCGCGGGCCUGUCCCACCUGCGCUACCUCUUCAUCGAGGACAAUGAGAUCGGCUCCAUUUCUAAGAACGCUCUCAGAGGACUCCGCUCACUCACACACCUGAGCCUGGCAAACAACCAUCUAGAAACCCUCCCCAGAUUCCUGUUCCGAGGUCUGGAGACCCUGACUCAUGUGGACCUCCGUGGGAACCCGUUCCAGUGUGACUGCCGUGUCCUCUGGCUCCUGCAGUGGAUACCCAGCGUGAAUGCCAGUGUGGGGAUGGGGACUUGCGCAGGCCCUGCCGCCCUGGCCCACCUGCAGCUCCGCCACCUCGAUCCCAAGACGUUCAAGUGCAGAGCCAUAGAGCUGUCCUGGUUCCAGACGGUCGGGGAGUCUGCGCUGGGUGUUGAGCUCUUCUCCUACCAAGGGGAGCCCCAUAUGGUCCUGGCACAGCCCUUCGCUGGCCGCUGCCUUGUCCUCGCUUGGGACUACAGCAUGCAGCGCUUCCAAGCCAAGGAAGAGCUGUCUGCGCCCUCGGUGGUGUCCUGCAAGCCGCUGGUGCUGGGCCUGCGCCUCUUUGUGCUGGCUGCCCGCCUGUGGGGAGGCUCACAACUGUGGGCACAGGCCAGCCCCGACCUGCGCCUGGCCCCGAUGCAGGCACUGGCCCCGCGGCGGCUGCUGCGACCAAAUGACGCUGAGCUGCUGUGGCUGGACGGGCAACCCUGCUUCGUGGUGGCCGAUGCCUCCAAGGCGGGCAGCACCACGCUGCUGUGCCGUGACGGACCGGGCUUUUACCCACGCCAGAGCCUGCACGCCUGGCACCGGGACACGGACGCCGAGGCCCUCGAGCUGGACGGCCGGCCCCAUCUGCUGCUGGCCUCCGUCUCACAGCGGCCUGUGCUCUUCCACUGGUCUGGGGGCCGCUUCGAGAGGCGCACAGACAUCCCUGAGGCCGAGGACGUCUACGCCACACGCCACUUCCAGGCUGGCGGGGAUGUGUUCCUGUGCCUGACACGCUACAUUGGGGACUCCAUGCUCAUGCGCUGGGACGGCUCCAUGUUCCGCCUGCUGCAGCAGCUGCCCUCUCGCGGUGCUCACGUCUUCCAGCCAGUGCUCAUCGCCAAGGACCAGCUGGCCAUCCUCGGCAGCGACUUUGCCUUCAGCCACGUCUUCCGCCUCGAGCCUGACAAGAGGCUCCUGGAGCCAGUACAGGAGCUGGGACCCCCAGCCUUGAUGGCCCCCCGCGCCUUUGCCCAUAUCAUGGUGGCCGGCAAACACUUCCUCUUUGCUGCCUGCUUCAAGGGCCCCACACAGAUCUACCACAUUCACGAGUUAGACCUCAGCGCCUAAUACCAGUCGGGACCCUGGUCAUGGCUGGGGGGCUGGGAUGGGUGUCCUAGCCCUCUGGAUGCACCCUUGACUGGCCUCCUGGCCCAACUCGGGGUGACGACUGGUUCUGUGAGAUGCUGACCACAGGCCAAGUUCACCAGCCACAGGUCCAAGCCUUGGCCCAUUCUUGGAGGAUCUGGGUCCACUGGGAGAAAUGGAAGGUCCCAGCCUCCUGGACCUUC